AUGGCAACACAUUACUCCGGUUGUAGUGGUUGCGGUGAUGGUGGUGGCUGGCCACUAAUGCUAUUAGGGCACAAUGGCUAUCCAUCGCGCCGCCGCUCGUUGGUGGACGAUGCACGCUUUGAAAGCCUGGUUGUUAAGCAAAAUAAACAAACUGUGCUGGAGGAAGCGCGCCAAAAGACUAACGACGAGGCCACUUUGGAGGAAUGCAUCCAGCAAGCAAAGGGUGCUCCAAUUGAGCAAGAAAUCGUAUUGCAAGCCGAUCAGUCAAUUGAGAAUGUGGAAAUGCCAGCUGAAGUACAAGAAAUCCUUGAAGAAUCCCAUAACGAAACCGUCAAUGCCUCAUUGGGUGCAGCUGCACAGGGUGAAGGCAGCAACAAUGACAGCAAUAACGCAAAUGAUGCCGGUCUCACCGAGGAAGAAGUUUUACUCGCCAACGCCGCCGCUGAGUCUACCGAAGCGGAGAAUGCCAUGCAGAGCGCAGCGCUCAUUGUACGCCUCAAGGAGGGCAUCUCCUCGCUCGGUCGCAUACUCAAGGCGAUCGAAACCUUCAAGGGUGCCGUACAACAUGUCGAGUCGCGCGUCUCACGCGAGCAAGGCGUCGAUCAUGAUGUACUCAUUAAGGUCGACAUGACACGCGGCAACUUGUUGCAACUCGUACGCUCACUGCGUCAAUCGGGCUCGUUCAAUAGCAUCAGUCUCUUGGCUGAACACAAUAUCAGCGUGAAGGCACCAUGGUUCCCCAAGCAUGCUUCCGAAUUGGAUAACUGCAAUCACUUGAUGACCAAAUACGAACCCGAUUUGGAUAUGAACCAUCCCGGUUUUGCGGAUAAAGUCUAUCGCCAACGCCGCAAGGAAAUUGCGGAAAUUGCUUUCGCUUACAAAUACGGCGAUCCAAUUCCAUACAUCGAAUACACCGAUGUUGAGGUGAAGACUUGGCGUUCGGUGCUCUUGACUGUCAUCGAUUUGGCGAAGAAGCAUGCUUGCCAAGAAUAUCGCGCCGCUUUCCAGAUGUUGCGCGACGAGGAAAUCUUCGUCGAACACCGGCUGCCACAAUUGCAAGAGAUGUCGGACUUUUUGCGUCGCAACACCGGCUUUACACUACGCCCCGCUGCUGGUCUGUUGACCGCACGCGAUUUUCUCGCCUCGCUGGCAUUCCGCAUCUUCCAGAGCACACAAUAUGUGCGUCACGUCAACUCACCAUUCCACACACCCGAACCCGAUUGCAUUCAUGAACUGCUCGGUCAUAUGCCACUCUUAGCCGAUCCUAGCUUCGCACAAUUCUCACAAGAGAUUGGCUUAGCCUCUUUGGGUGCCUCCGAUGAAGAAAUCGAAAAACUAUCCACUGUCUACUGGUUCACCGUUGAAUUCGGUCUCUGCAAGGAACACGGUCAGGUGAAAGCCUACGGCGCUGGUCUGCUCUCGUCCUACGGUGAACUCUUGCACGCCAUUAGCGACA